AUGCGCGCCACCACCGCCAUCCUCGCCAUCGCCGCCGGCGUCGCCCAGGCCAAGACUGUCCACGUCGACGUCGGCAAGGACGGCCUGAACUUCACGCCCUCCGUCAUGACCGCCGCCAAGGGCGACACGCUUCUCUUCCACUUCUACCCGCAGAGACACAGCGUCGUGCUCGGCACCAAGGACAAGCCCUGCGAGCCCGCCACGACGGACAUGUUCUACUCUGGUUUCGUGCCGAGCUCCAACGGUGAAGCCUCAGAGACAUUCAUGGUCACAGUCAACUCCACAGACGCCAUGUACCUGUACUGCUCGCAGGCCAAGCACUGCCAGGGCGGCAUGGUGGCUGUUGUCAACGGCGACGAGGCCGCGCUCGACACGUACAAGGAGGCCGCCGCCAAGGCCACCGACAACGUGUCUCCCAAGGAGGUCACCGGCGGCAUGCUCAUGAGCGGCUCCGGCAGCGCCACCUCGGGCAGCGAGAGCGGCGCGACCUCCACCAGCGGCGCCGGCGCCAGCAAGACCUCGGCCGCCGCGUCCGGCAGCUCCGCCAAGCCCGCCGCCGCCGCUGGCUUCAAGGCCUCCGUCGCCGGCGUCCUGGCGGCCGCGGGCGGCGUCGCGGCGCUGAUGCUGUAG